CAAUCGUCAAACCCCGGAUUGGGAACAGAAAUUUCUUGAUGCCAACAGUACUUCUUGAGAUGUUAAGGGUUUCGUUUGUUUCUAUUUUAACCUUGUGGUGGGUGGUAGCUGAGAUCUCUGCCACCACAGACUAUUGUUCUCCAGAGCUAUGUUUGAAGGGACGUCACCACAUCGGAUGCAACAAUACUGGUACUUUUUCUCCUGAGUGUCCGCAAGGUGAGACGAAAAUGGUUCCAAUGACAAAUGCUCUCAAAAAUGCGAUUCUCCAUAGCCAUAACAGUAAGCGCCAACUUAUUGCCAGUGGAGGUCUUAAAGGUUUCAUGUCAGCAGCAAAAAUGAAAUGCAUGCAAUGGGAUGAUGAAUUAGCAAGACUUGCGGCCUUGAAUAUCAUGACAUGCAAAUUUGGGCACGACGUAUGUCGCAAUACGUUCAAAUACAAACAAAGUGGUCAGAAUUUAGCAAAAUUCUGGUGGAGAGGUGAAAAUUACCCUGCCGAAGAAAUAAUUCCGUCUCGAGUUGAUCAAUGGUGGUUUGAGUAUAAGAAGACUAAUAUGUCACAAAUGUUGGCAUAUCCAAGAUACACACCCGAAAUGAUUGGACAUUUUACAGUUAUGACAUCUGACAUAAAUUCAAAACUUGGUUGUGCUGCUAUAGAGUUUCCUAGUGAUGGAAUGAAUUCUUUGACAUUGGCCUGUAACUAUGCAGCAACGAAUUUAAUCGGAAUGCCAAUGUAUACAAUUGGGCCACCGGCUUCGAAAUGUUUGUCUGGAACAAGCAAAGAGUAUCCUUGCUUAUGUCUGUGAGAUCUUACAAAAAAUAC